CCGGAGAUUGCCGAGGCGGGAAGGCGAGUGUCCGGAGAUUGCCGAGGCGAGUGUCCGGAGUUGCCGAGGCGAGUGUCUGGAGAUUGCCGAGGCGUGUCUCCGGAGCUUGCCGAGGCGUGUCUCCGGAGAUUGCCGAGGCGUGUCUCCGGAGUUUGCCGAGGCGAGUGUCCGGAGAUUGCCGAGGCGGCGAAUUUCCAUCAACCUGUUAAAGUGAUGAUGAAACAUGUGAAAUUCCUUUUGGCAAUGCAGCUACUGUCAAUUGCAGUAUUCGAAGUGAAGGCCACAAAAGACAUUGAAGACUAUUAUGAGAAGAUGAAAAGGUCUGCAGAUGGAACUCCUACUGGUGAAUAUCAUGAGAAGGCAAAGAGAGAUCUCAGUGAUGAGAAAGAGGAAUAUGAAGACGAUGACGAUGAUGAUGAAGAUACUGAUAAUUAUUAUGGUGAACCAAAUAAUAAAGUUAAACGACAGGUGCAAAGAACAAGAAAAGCAGUGGACGAAGAAAGAGAGAAAAGAGAAUAUGAAUAUUAUUCUCGUGGGAAAUUUGCCAGGGAUAUUGAUGACUAUGUGCGUUAGUUAGAAUUAGAAUUUCAAUUCUUUGUCAAAUGUUCAAAAUUUAAAUUUGUCAAGAGCACCUAUCUAAAAGUUGCAAGAGUAAAUAAAGACUUCUACAUGUCUCCAUUUGCUUUUGUUUAUAAUACAGUUUACAUUAAAAAUGUUAAGCUUCA